AUGAGUGAAAAAAACCAAGUCCCUUCUGUUGAUUCAUUUCUUCAUAAAAUAUCAGGAUUGUCAAUAUUAAAUUAUGGAACAAUAAAUAUUUGUGUUCCUCCUUUACCAAAUCAAAUGUCAAAUGAAAAACAGAUCAUACCUUUACAAAAUGAAAUUAUUACAGAAGGUGGUGGUGGUGUUAAACGUAAAAUAAAUCCUGUGAGUGAAAAAAAAAAGAAAAAACAAAAAAAUAUUAUUAAUAUAGCAACAUUAAUAGAAUUAAAUAAAGAAUUAUUUGUUAAUUGGACAAAAUUAAAUGAAUAUGAACUUAUAUAUGACAGUAAGGUAGAUGGAUUUUCAAGUGUUGCAUUAAAUGGAUGUAUUUGUGGAAAAGAAAAUAUUAUGGUUAUUAUUAUUACAAAACAUGGAUAUGUAUUUGGCAGUUUUAAUUCAUUAAAACUACCAAUACCAAAAAAAACUGAAGAAUGGGUUAAAAAUGAUCCAAAUUUCUUUGUAUUUACUCUUUCAAAUCCUAAAAAAACAAGUCCAAUACAAUUUUUUCUAAAAGAUAAAACAGCAGAUGGAUUAAAUAUUUCCCCAAAUACUUCAAAAAAAUGGGUUAUUGCAACUAAUGCAUGUUUUGGUAUAAAACAAGUUGAUGGAUGUUAUAUAUCUAAUAGUUUUGUUCAAUAUUAUAAUAUUCCAAAUGGGAUUACUGAAGACAUUUUUGUUGGAAGUCAUUAUCCACAAACAUAUGAUGUAUCAAAAGUAAUUGCUCUUCAAUGGAAAUUAAAAAAGUAA